AUGGCAUAUGGAGAAAACAACCCAGAGGAGCGAUAUAGUCUUCUGCGAAGAAGCGAGGAUUUAGAGGACCCAGACAAUCCAAUUGACGAGUCUACGCGGACCAGACCGAUAGAGGUAGACGAUCUCUCGGACGAUACUCCAACUCCACGUUUUCUGCAGGAUCUGGGCUCCUACAAAUAUAUGAAAUGGGUACCGGUACCAGUCCGACGGGCUUCCAAAGCGGUCCGGCUGUGGGUGAAGGGACCAGAUUCUCCUGAGGUUCAUACCAUCACCCUGUUAUUCCCGGUCAUACAAAAGUUCCCUAUUCGAUUUCUGGACCACUGUGUGCCAAAGAAAAGGCAUCGAAUCUUGCUUCUGGUUGCUUUUUACCUUUCUUGGAUCCUCACUUUUGCUUUGGUUAUGCGCGAAAGUACAUUUGCAACGGAGAUUGAAGGAUGGGGAGUCCCGGGAAACAUAGGUUGUGGAAAUACAUACUGGGUUCCUGGAAACAGCUGUGGUAUGAACGGAAAUGACUGUCGGCCAUUCAAUGGUAGCGGCUUUGCUUUCAGAUGUCCUGCCAAUUGUGCAAGUCAGCAAGUUUUGAAUAUUAGAGCUGUGGGAGCACAAGAGAUCAUCUACCAACCUCUUGUGAUCGGCGGCCCGUCCGAAGAGGAUGAUACUCAAUACUACAGAAGCGAUUCUUUCAUCUGUAGUGCUGCUAUUCACGCCGGGGUCAUUGAUAAUACCAAGGGCGGCUGUGGCGUGGUUUCUCUCGUUGGAGAACAUAGCAACUACGCGAGCUCAAAACGCAAUGGGAUAAGGAGCAUUGCGUUUGAUUCAACGUUCCCUUCUUCCUUCACGUUCCAUUCUGGUACUACCUGCGCUGCAAAAGAUCCACGCUGGUCGCUUCUGUUCGUCUCGCUUACGUAUACCAUUCUACUCUCGUUAUUCACAACAUCCCCGGGCCUGUUCUUUUUCAGCAUUUUUACAGGUAUUUUUGCUCACGUGGGACUUGCUUCUGAUCCACCUGGUCACAGCUCAAUUCCGAAUCUUCUCUCGAACCUUUUGGGGAAGUUUCUACCAGCCGCUUUCUGUGCUUUCGUCAUCUACAAAUACAUGGGUGUACAUCGAGCUCUCAAUGGCCUCACCGCACAAAUUGAAAAGACGAUUUUAUGGCUUGGAGCUUGCUGGGUUGGGGCACUUUCAAAUUACACCUUUAAGUGGAUUCCAAUUCAACGGCUUAACGCUCAUGACAUCAGACAGCAACCAGGAGCAAAACUCGCAUUGAUUCUUAUAGUGCUGUUCAUAGUUCUCGUUGUCCUGAAACAAAUCUAUUUUUUUCAGCGAGAAGGCAGACUAAUCCGGUAUCUGGGCAUAUACGGUAUCUUAUUAACUGCCAUUCUUGUGUCACUAAUAAUUCCGGGGCUCAGUUUACGCAUCCACCAUUACAUACUGGCUCUGCUACUCCUUCCGGGAACCAGUAUGCAAACACGACCCGCACUCGUAUACCAAGGUCUCCUAGUCGGCCUUUUCAUUAAUGGAAUUGCACGAUGGGGAUUCGAUUCCGUUCUACAAACUCCGGAUGCUCUUCAGGGUGAUGCACCACACAACUCCCGCCUUCCCACAAUCUCGAAGCCAGCUAUAUCAGUGGCAAACUCGACCAUCGAUUUUCACUGGCUUACACCACCCGAGCCCUAUGAUGGGGUUUCCGUGCUCGUCAAUGAUGUGGAACGGUUUAGAGGGUACACUGAUGAAGGGCUCGCAGGCGACCAAAAGUUCGUAUGGAGAAAAGGUGGGAAGGAAGAACCAUUGUACUUCCGAUUUGCGUAUAUGCAAGGAAGUACUGCCUGGGAUUAUACUCGCGCGGGUAUUUGGGCAGAGGAUGGGCAGUGGAUUCCUAUGGAGGCUGGUCCUAGUAAGGUUAAGAGAAGUGCUGCUGAGGAUGGUGUGAGUCUGGUGAAGAGGGAAUUUCAUGAUUCGAGGGUGAGACUAUGA